AUGCCUCUACACAAGUCAAUUAUUGUGUANNNNGAUGGCGAAUUCAGUGGUAACUGCGCUUCUGAUGGUCCUAGGGUUCACUUUGGUGAUUUUAUGCUCGAGGAGUAUCUCGACGGUGCUGAAGUUGAUGUUGAUAUGAUAAUGUGUGGUGAUAAGUGUGUGUAUGCAGCAGUGCAUGACAACGGUCCUACUGUUGAGCCUUACUUCAUGGAGACGUGGGAUGUCAUGCCCAGUAUGCUUCCGAAAGAUCAGGUUGAAAGUCUGGAGAAAAUGGCGGUUGAUUCCGUACGUGCUAUGGGUUUCACUGAUGGUGUUUUUCAUGUUGAAGGCAAGUACACUGGUCGUCGAGGUGCAAGGCUCAUCGAAGUGAACGCUAGGUUGGGAGGUGGGCCUAUUUACAUUAUGAACAAGAUUGCUAAUGGUGUGGACUUGGUUGAUGAAGCACUACUGUUGUCUGUUGGGAUUCCUAGUGCACCGGUUGAGCUCCCAUGGGAGAAGCGUUAUGCUAUCGCAUGCUCAACAAUCAAUGCUGUUAAGUCUGGUGUGGUAUCGGAUUUGUCGUUCAUUGAACAAUGGAAUUGUAUGGAAGGCGUUGAAGUAGUGAGUAAUACCCCGCUUGUUAAGAAAGGAGAGCACAUAGUGGGGCCUGAGGAAGGUCAGCCCACGUGGUUGGAGGACAUCAUUUUCAAGGCCCCUGUGGAAGAUUUGAUGCUUGUUGGCGACCUCGCUAUUAAGCUUGAUAAGGAGGCGGCUGAGGAGUUCGAGAGGCACUAUGUAUAA